GCCUUCUUCUUUUUCUCUAACCUAAAAAAUCUUUCAGUCCCCUUCUACGAUCCCCUUAAAUCGUGGCAAAGGUGGCAUAUGUAAAUGAAACUAUAUUUAUUUUGUUCAAGACUGUAUAGAUUAAGUGACAUUACAUGUGCUAAACCAAGUCUUUGUACUGAUUUACUGCACUCCGGUAAUAAUUGUAGAAGUGUCCAUUUUACGUCUAUUGUUAAUAGUAAGUGGGGUACUAACAAAAAACAUCGUAAUAUUCCCUUGCAAAUAUUCGCGGAAAGAAUGGCGGAUCCUAAAGUUGAAGAAAUUUUGGCACCCUUACGAUCAAGUGUUAAACAACAGGGCGAUCUCAUUCGUCAGCUAAAAGCAGACGGAGCACCCGAAUUGGACAUUAAGCAUGCAGUCGCCGAGCUAAAACUAAGGAAAAAGGUUUUGGAGGAUAAAGAGUUGAGCUUGGCGCCUAGUUUCGCCACUUUUGACAGGGCCAAGAUGGAAGAUUUGUUGAAACGUCGAUUCUUUUACGACCAAUCGUUUGCUAUAUACGGCGGUAUAACUGGACAAUACGAUUUUGGCCCCAUGGGUUGUGCAUUUAAAGCCAACUUAUUGCACACGUGGAGGCAAUUUUUUGUAUUGGAAGAACAAAUGUUGGAAGUCGACUGCUCAAUUUUAACUCCGGAGCCAGUUUUAAAGGCAUCAGGACAUGUAGAACGAUUCGCAGAUCUUAUGACAAAAGACGUCAUGACCGGUGAAUGCUUCCGUUUGGAUCACCUAAUUAAAGCACAUCUGGAGAAACUGGAGUUGGAUAAGAAAACUUCGGACAGUAUCAAAGCCGAAUGUAGGGAUAUUGUUAUAAAGCUUGAUGGAAUGACUAAGGAAGAGAUGCAUGCCGUUAUGAAGAAGUUUAAUAUGAAAAGUCCUUUAACUGGAAAUCCAUUGACCGAACCAAUCGAAUUUAACUUAAUGUUUGCGACCCAAAUUGGUCCUUCUGGUUUGAUUAAAGGAUUUUUAAGGCCAGAAACAGCUCAAGGAAUUUUCGUGAAUUUUAAACGUCUUUUGGAAUUUAAUCAAGGGCGACUGCCCUUCGCGGCCGCGCAAAUCGGUAACUCUUUUCGUAACGAAAUCUCGCCUCGUUCUGGGUUAAUACGAGUUCGCGAGUUCACCAUGGCCGAAAUUGAACACUUUUGCGAUCCGAACGAUAAGCAACAUCCCAAAUUCGAAGAUGUGAAGGAUGUGGAACUGCUGUUGUAUUCCGCUUGCAACCAGAUGGACGGGAAGGGUGCCGAACGUAAGAGUAUCGGCGAGGCUGUUGGAAAGGGCUUGGUGGCGAAUGAAACUUUAGGCUACUUUAUGGUGAGAAUUCAACAAUUCUUAAUUCGCUGUGGAGUUGAUCCGACCAAAUUGCGGUUUCGUCAGCAUAUGUCUAACGAAAUGGCUCAUUACGCACAAGAUUGUUGGGAUGCUGAAUGCCUUACCAGCUACGGCUGGGUGGAGUGUGUGGGAUGUGCCGACAGAUCUGCUUAUGACUUAACCCAGCACACUAAAGCGACAGGGGUGCGUUUAGCUGCCGAAAAGAAAACUGAACCAAGAACUGUAGAUGUUGUUGAAGCUGUUCCUAAUAAAGCAAUGAUAGGUAAAAAAUUUAAAAAGGAAGCUAAGGCAAUAUACGAUAAACUAGCUGAAUUGGAUGCGAAUGAUGUUACUGACUUAGAACAAAAAUUGGAGACGAUUGGGUCUUUAGAAUUACAUGUGGAGGAUGAGAGUUAUAUGUUAACAAAGGAUAUGAUGGCGAUCAAACGGUAUCAAAAAACUGUCCAUGUCGAGGAAAUUACUCCUAGUGUCAUCGAACCUUCAUUUGGCAUUGGACGUAUAAUGUACGCAAUAUUCGAACACAAUUUCAAAAUGCGAGAGAACGACGAACAAAGAACUUACAUUUCACUUCCUCCGGUUGUCGCGCCACUUAAAUGUAGUGUUCUCCCUUUGAGUGGAAAUGCGGAAUUCCAACCGUUCGUUAAACAGUUGUCCACUGAAUUGACGAAGGUAGAUGUUUCCCAUAAAGUUGAUGAUAGUUCAGGAUCGAUCGGUCGGCGUUACGCUCGCACUGACGAAAUCGCAAUUCCGUAUGGUAUUACCAUAGAUUUUGAUACUCUUAAAGAACCACAUAGCGCUACUUUGCGUGAAAGGGAUUCAAUGCAACAAGUUCGGAUAGGGUUGUGCGAAUUACCCAGUGUCGUUCACCAAUUGUCAUAUAAUAAAACGACGUGGGAGAAAGUAGCUGCAAAAUAUCCUAAAUUCGAGCAACAGGAGAGCAAAACAUAAUUUUUAAGACACAUACCAGUAGAUUUUUAUACAAGUAUUACUGUAUGAAGCUUCUCUAAUAAGUAAUGAUGUACUGCAA